UAACACAAGUACUCGGUCCAGCAUAAUCGGAAUGAAUUCGUUAGUCAUCUUAAUGAGCGUAGUGGCGAUGGUCGCAUCUGCACCGACGGAUACGAAAAACACAGUUAUUGACGUGGAUGGGCCAGAAGGCCGUCACGUGCAGACGGGCGAGCCUGGCAAAGUAGUUUCAGGAUACUUUGCUUCACGAAAUACAGAUGGCGUUGAAUACAAGACAACGUACGAGGCCGACGAGAAAAGUUUCCGCGCGAGGGGACUGUAUUUGCCCGUCUCUCCGGCCGUCUCAUCCGCUCGUCUACCCGCCACAUUCCCAGUUCGUUAUCCAUCGCCCGCCUUUUCCAGCUACGGUUACCGUUACGGCCCUCAAAAUUUUUUGCCCUUCUUUUACCCGACUUACCCGCAAGACAAAUAUUUAGCGGGUGACGAGUCACUGUCGUACGAUAAUUUGGCAUACAAACACGACGACGAAUUUCCUUUUUCUGAAGCAGAGGAAUUCGCCAUGGCUCAAGACGAUCAAGUGCCGUUGACGGAACAAGAAAUUGCCAACCUGACCGAACGUGGAUUGUUGACGCCCAUGCUCAUGCCAUUCAUCUUGAUGAACAAGAAGAAAAUUUUGAUGAUGAUGCUUAUCAAUAAGAUGUUGAUGGCUAUGGGUUAAGAGAUUCGAUUAAAAUGCUUCGCUCUCGUCUUCCUUGACGCUUC